UUUACAUGCUUUUAUUUUGAAAGUGACGUAUAGCGUAGCUUAAAACAGUUAGACUCUCCAUCUGUAUAAAUAACAGUGAACUACAAAAGACUAAUGUAGCGGUUUGUUCUCUUACUGUCAGGAGGCCUCAGCCGGAAGAGGACACGAGAGAUGCUUAUUGACUCGGGAUACUAACCCUAACCCUAAUAACCCUCACACCCGUUUACCUUCCUUCACACUUCAAAACCUCUCUAUUGACAGAACCUUUUUCUGACAGAACCCUUUCAAAACAAAAUUCCCAACCAACACCCUGCUUAUGAGGAACUACAAAUCAACCUUCCAUAAUAAAGCCACUAGAUAAAAUAGCUUAGACUAACAAACGAAAUAUUUGAAUUAUGGACACAAAUUUAAACUAUCGUUUAACUAUCUGUAGCAUAUCCGCCGAAAGAUGGUCGAGACUUUCAACUGAUGUUUUCUGGUUUAUUAGAAACUUCCCGAAACAACACAGUAAGACCUUGUGCCUCUUCGGAGGGUCGCUAAAACAUACAACUUUUCCUUUGUGAAGUUACAGAUUCAUAACAGUAAGUCCGCGUCUAUACAGGAACUUCACUUUCAAAAUAACAGCAUGUAAAAAAAGCUCUGUCUACGCUUCCGUCAGUUUGCACCUGCUGUGAAUCAACGGUUUUCUCUCUUUACCUGCUCAAGAUCAGCCGGGUCUCCGAACUCGGUGAGUCGUGCUGUGGUCAGCGGGCACCCUGCUGUGGCCCGGGGGUGGAACACCACCACGUAGAAGCCCUGACGCAUGGCCUGAAGGCACAGAGCCUUCAAGUGAGGGCUCACCCCUCCCCAUGAAUGAGGGAUGAGGACAAGGACAGGAGGCGCCGAGGUGAAACAACCCAGCGCCUUUCCCCCCGACUGAUGCUCCUUCCUCCCCUCCCACCUCCCCCUCCCAGUCCUCUCACCCAGUCUGGUCUCCAGAGCCCAGUCCACCGCUACAAUCCCCCCGUCUCUCAGCAGCAGAUUGUCCCUGGUGAACUCUACUGUGUCUCCUGCUGGUCCACACAGCAGAGCGGAGAGGGUCUGGAGGUGGGGGUCCCCCCUGGGCCAGGCGGCCGGUCUCGGCCUGGCCAGAGAGCCACAGUGGCGCAGCAGAUAUUUUGCCAGCGCAGAGGUUUUGCAGAUGAGCGCGGGUUCUUCUUCAGUCAUGGACGCCCGUCCUGUCCGACAACGUGCUCUGAGCCAGCGGAGGACGAGACUCAGCAGGAACAGGAACAGGGAAGGAAGCAAACAGGACAGACAGUCCCAUACAAACGGUUCCAUCUUUACAGAAAGUAAUCCAGUUGCUUUCUCUGGGACGUACGGCUGUGAUUCCCUCACUGACCUUUGACCCCGAUCGUUUACAAACUGUUGCUUCACGCACCAGAGUGAAGGUCUGACCUCACCUGAUAGGUUCACGGAAGUCUCGUUUCCCAAUAACUUUAGUAUUAUUCUCUUUAACCUUGUAUUCUUUCCCCCGCUUGUUACCUGGAAAUCCUUGUACAUUCUAUUGUUCUGAGUUCAUUCUUGAAGGGAGGGGAUCUUAAUCCUUUCACCAGCAGGUUUGAACACGUUCGUCGACUACCUUCCUUAUCAGCUCAUGAAUGGUUAAACUUGAAAACCUUCUGCAAACAAUGCAACAGCCACUAUUUACAAAGCACAUAAGCAAUGUUCCACACGUAGCCUGUAAUCAAAAUGAAUGAAAACGGAUGAACACAGAGAAAACAGAUAUCUUCUUCUUUUGGGAGAACAGUUUUCUCUGCCAAGGUCAGACUGAAUGCCAAACACACUCACGCACUCACUUCUAUAGCGAAUGUUUCUAGGUACUGGUGUUCAGUGACUCAUCACGUGGUACCCACACACUGAGGUCACACCCUCUUCCAUGGAAAACAGCUUCGGUUCUGAUCACUUUAAUGAAGUCUGAAGAUGCAUAUUGAUCAUUUAUUGAAAAAGUUCAGAUCUAUGAAUCACAUCAGUGAGAUGACAGUGAAGUGAUCUAGACUCUAAAGUUAAAAAAAUGACUUUAUUAGUGAAUUCCCUACAUCUCCAGCCUUGUUUCCUAUAUAUACACUUUUGUGCCUGAGGUAUAGAAUUCUUUGCACUACUUUUGCUUGUUUUCUAUGAAGCAAUUCUUUUAGUUUUAGAGCUCAUGCUGUAUUUAAACCAUUCACUUCCUGCAAAAAUAAAGGAUAAGUCAAAUCAAAUCAAAUCAAUAGAAGCAGUUUGAGUUGUGUCCAUUUACAAGAAAUCAUUUAAGGAUCAAAUGCAAGUUCGCAUGAAUGGAAGUAUGAUGAAAAUCCAACCUCAUGGUGCGACAAAGAAAACCGGUCAAACAAGUGACUCCCCCCCGAUGUGAAUUCUUAUAAAUGUCAGCGUUUCCAUGAGAGAUAAAGUCUCCGAGACGACUUCAAGACAUAAGGUGCUGCAGUGAUGGGUUGGUUGGCUGCGCUGUGUCUCGUGCUCCUGCAGACUGGGGCUCAUGGUUUUGAUAUUUUUGAUGGGAUCUCUCUGAAUCAUCAGGAGAUCACUGAGAGCGCCAUCCUUGAAACCACGCUGGAUGUUUGCCGUGCUGUGGUUCAGGCUGCGGGCAAAACGUUCAAACCACCUAUACCGCCUUACACUGCUGAGUCUGUUGCUCGUGCCUGUGAUGUGGCAAAAUCCUCAAAGAGUUUCAGCCAAACCAUCGAGUAUAUCCAGGACAAAAAUGUGGGUAUAGACAAGCGGUAUUUCUACAGCGCCCGUCAUCACUUCGACAACGAGGAAUUCACAAAGGGAAAGAAACUCAUCACGAGCGGAUUAUCAGCUGUCAAGGCCAACAAUAAGCUACAGAACUUUGAAGCGGCGAGGAAAACUCUGGGAAGACUGCUGCAUUCUUUACAGGAUUUCUACAGUCACAGCAACUGGGUGGAAAUGGGAGAAACAAAUCCAAACUCCAAGCUGAUCAAACCAGGAAGCCUCGGAAAAACAGCAGCAAAAAGCAAAGCAACCUGUCGCAGCUGCAACGGAAACGACUGCAAGGACAAUAUUCUGGAGGACAUCCUGCGGGAGAAGAUACUAACCACAGGAUAUUUUGAAUUUGUGCCUGGAUUCUCCAAACCUGAUGGAAAAUGCAGCCAUGGAGGUGUAUUUGACAGAACAAGCAGCAUUGAUCCUACGGGUGGGAUCAACAAAGACAAGACUGAUUCUGAACACGGACAUCUCCACUUUAAAGCAGCAAACAUGGCCAUCGCUGCGACCAAGCAGGUGCUGGAGGAUAUUCGUCUGGCUGCCGGUGACGCCGCAUUCCUACAGCUGAUGGGAAUCAACAAAGGGAAAGCUCUUUGUUUUUGCAUUGACACCACUGGAAGCAUGGGUGAUGACAUUGAGGCAGUGAGGGAAGUCACAAGCUCUAUAAUCAACAGCAGAGUGGGGACAGAGGACGAGCCCUCGGCUUACAUUCUCGUACCGUUCAAUGAUCCAGACUUUGGACCCCUGAUGAGGACAACAGAUCCAGAGGCCUUCAAGAGAGCUAUCAAUUCACUCACUGCAACUGGUGGAGGAGAUUUUCCAGAAAUGAGUCUUUCAGGACUUCGGCUGGCUUUAACCGGUGCUCCUCCAGGCUCUGAUAUCUUCGUCUUCACUGAUGCAACUGCUAAAGACGAUCACCUGUUGGGUGCAGUGCUGACACUCGUAGAACGAACCAAAUCAGUGGUGAACUUCAUGAUAACUGGCAGUCUGGGGCUUCGUCGCCGAAGAGCGAUCAAUAAUACCAACGAUCAACAACAACAACAACCCAAAGCAAUAACAAAAGCAUCUUCCAAGGUGUACGCGGACCUGGCUCAGGCUUCUGGAGGUGUGGCUAUUCAAACCACAAAAAGUCAGCUGCUCGCUGCCAUCACCAUCGUUACAGAGUCCUCCAGCUCUGCUCAGGUUCUCCUUCUGCAAGCGGCCAGGAGUCCUGGAAAACCCGACAAUUUCACUUUCACAGUGGACGAGUCGGUAAAAAACCUCACGAUCUUCAUCACUGGACGCUCGGUCACCUUUACUCUCAUCAGUCCCUCAGGUGUGUCUCAGAGUAGCACUGACCUCACGGGACCUUUGAUCAGUUCAUCCCAGUCAGUGGGAAACUUCCAGACUCUGGAGCUGACAACACAAGUGGGACAGUGGGAAAUAAGAUUGGUGUCAACAAAUCCCUACACGCUGAAGGUCAAAGGUGAGAGUUCCAUCGACUUCCUAUCUGACUUUUUGGAGGUGUCCGAGGGCCCAUUGGGAGGUUUUGAAGUCCUGGAAAAUCGCCCCAGAGCUGGUGCCAACACCAGCCUGAGGGUGACUGUAACCGGGGGGGGGUCUGCCAUAGUGACAGAAGUGUUUCUGGUGGUAUCGUUAACGUCAGAGAGGGUUAACAGCAGCGUGGAGGCUCGGGGGAAAGGAAAAUUCUUAGCUCGGUUUGACAGUAUUCCAUCGGGUGAGUUUGUGGUGCUUGUGAAGGGCCAGAGCAAUGAGAGCAGCACCCGUUCCUCCAAAGCAACUACAUCAUUCCAAAGGCAGUCAUCCAACUCCAUCCGAGCCUCUGCUGUGACUGUUUCUGCUGAUGAUUUAGAGGGUGUCUUGGAACCAGGAGUACCUCUUUCUGUUCCUUUCUCUGUGUUGAGUAAUGGCUCAGGAGGAAGCUUCACCAUCCAAGCUACCAAUGACCAAGGUUUUACGCUAUUGUUCCCAUCCACUUUGCUCCUGACCGCUGGAAGCAGGGCUAAUGGCAUGGUGAACAUCACAGCCCCUGCUGGCACUGCAUCUGGCACCGACGUCACCCUGACCAUCGAGGCCAAUGCUCCAGGAGGCACGGACGCCAACUAUGUCUUUCUGCGUUUGACUGUCCUCGUCCCGGUGACUGAUUUCACGGAGCCAGGCUGUCAGCUGCUCAGCCUGCAGUCCAACUGCUCUGCAGACUGCAGCGCGUCGAUGUGGGAGCUGUCAGUGGAGGUGACCGAUGGGGUGAACGGGACAGGCAUCGACACCAUCAGCUUCAGAGGAGGCAACGGGACCAGUAACACCAGCCUGCUCGCUGGUAAUGCAACACUGGUGUCCUAUAAUGCGUCUUGCUGUUCACCUGAUGUGGAGAUAGUAGUUGUGGAUCAGGUGGGUAAUGUAGGCUCCUGCUCCUACACGGUCCGGACACCAACAGUGAACACCACUACAACCACCGCAAUGCCAACAACAGCAGCUUCUACACAAGUGGUUCAGUCUUUUCUUCUUUGCCUCAGCAUUACAAUUCUAGGGCUCAGCUUAUCCAUCUGAAACGGGAUAAGUUAAAUCUGUACAUCCAGGAUCAAGAAUCAAAUAUUAAAACAUGCUUUUGGGGUUUUGAAAAUCAGUUGCCAGUUUAUUCUCAGUAUAUAACCAGGAUCUCAGUUUUCUACUGAGAGGUGUUUCUAAUAGCUGGUCUACCCGUGUUGAUUUAAACGGGUUCAGCUUAAUAACAUGGGAGCUUUGCGUUUGAAGCUUUGUUUGCUACAAGUAGGCGACUACAGGCUGCUGAUGUCAUUGUGAAAUUCCUUUCAAAAACCUUAAUGGGUUUGCACUAUGUGGUAUGAUGAAGACAUAUAUAUAUAUACAUCAUUCAUGAUGUGGGCAUUACUGAUAUUAAAGCUGUGAUUGUUACCGUUGAUUAAAUUAAAAUGUUUCUACUUUCUUUUCACCGUUAAAGGGUUUUUAGUAGUUUUUCAUUACUCUUGUUGAGGGUUAAGGACCGAGGAUGUCACACCAUGUUAAAGCCCUUUGAGACAAAUUGUGACGAUUUGUGAAUAUGGGCUAUACAAAUAAAAUUUGAUUGAUUGAUUGAU